ACGUCGCAGCUUGUAGCAAGUGACAAGAGAGGAGAGGAAGACGACGGCGAAGUUUGUCAGGCAGGAGUUGAGUUUCUGCACUUUUUGGAGGACAACGACGACAUCACCGCUGACGUGUGGUUUGACUCUGACAUCUGCCCACCGUCGCUUUAUAGCAGAAUAAAAGCACACACAAAAAAAAACAACUGAAGUUCGCUUGACUUCGACAAACGCAAAUACGUCGAGUUACGGAGAAACUAUGACAGGCAGAGAAGAUGAAUAUGAUUAUCUCUUCAAAGUGGUCCUGAUUGGAGAUUCGGGCGUGGGCAAAAGCAACCUGCUGUCUCGCUUCACUCGCAAUGAGUUCAACCUGGAGAGCAAGAGCACCAUCGGCGUGGAGUUCGCCACGCGCAGCAUCCAAGUGGAAGGCAAGACCAUCAAGGCUCAGAUUUGGGACACGGCUGGACAGGAGCGGUACAGAGCUAUCACUUCUGCGUACUAUCGCGGCGCAGUGGGAGCACUCCUCGUUUAUGACAUCGCCAAGCACCUGACGUACGAGAACGCCGAGCGCUGGCUGAAGGAGCUCCAGGAUCACGCCGACAGUAAUAUUGUCAUCAUGCUAGUGGGAAACAAAAGCGACCUGCGCCACCUCAGAGCGGUGCCCACAGACGAGGCCAAGGUUUUCUCAGAAAAACACGGCCUGUCGUUUUUGGAGACGUCAGCGUUGGACUCGUCUAAUGUGGAGCUUGCUUUCCAAACCAUCCUCACAGCCAUCUACCGCAUUGUGUCGCAGCGGCAGAUGAUGGGACGAAAUGACUCAGACUUUUCGCCUGCCUCCAACGUCGUGCCCAUCACAGUGGAGCCCACCCAGAACACGUCCAGUAAGGGAAUGUGCUGCCAGAAUAACUGACCACUUGGUGGCGCCACCGCCGACCUCUUCCCUCGUCGCUUUUUGGGGCAGAGACAACCAUGGCAAGAAGACCAAGAGGUGGGUAGAGAUGACCACCUCACACAAGGACUACCGUAGUGAUUUUAGGAAGGCGGGGAGAGGGGUUAGGUGUUCACAAUGGAGGAGAGGUCGGGAAACAGACAAGUUUAGCAGUUCCGCUCUCGGCUCCAUCAGCAUUUUUUUUUUUUUUCAAGCAAGACCGCUCAAUAAUCAAGAGCUGAUUGGCAAAUCUCAUGAUGACAUUUUUUUUUUUUUUUAAACAAA